CGGAAUGAAUCUUGGGUCCAGCCCCUGGUCCUGGGAGCGGGCGCGCGGGAUCCAGUCGGUCGGAGCGCCGCGGACGCGCCAGCCUAGCAGCGAAGGCCGGGAAACUGCGGGAGGUGGUCUGGAGGCGGCCGGCGGGAAGGGAGGGCAGGCGGGAGAGUCGUGGGCGCCGGCCGAGGGGCCGGACCCGCGCUGGGGAGGUGGGCGGCCCCGGGGCGGCAGCCCGCAGGCGGUCCGGGGGAGCCAGGAGCCCGGAGCAGGCGCGCCACGCCCCCCGGUGGGCGGACCCCGGAGCCGGCGGCGCGGGGGCGGGGCCUGGCUCUCCGUGCCGGGGGCGGGGCUGGGCCUGGGCGCUCCGGGCCGGUGGGGGACCUAGCUGGUCGGCGGGAGCGACCGGAGCCCGGGCCACCAAGGGGUGCGACCCCCCACUGGCCCCGCCUUCCCGGCUGCGGCCGGGCCAAUCAGAGCGGCUUUUACUGGCGGGUGGGACCAGCCGGCCCAGCUGCUCGGAGGCUCUGGCAUGUCGGUUCCCGAUUCUGGUCCCCGGCCCCCAGCAGCGCCUGCCCCCUUCCCACCGGGGCCCCCCAUGAUGCCACCACCCUUCAUGCCCCCUCCAGGAAUCCCCCCACCUUUUCCUCCAAUGGGGCUCCCCCCCAUGAGUCAGAGACCACCAGCCAUCCCCCCCAUGCCGCCUGGCAUCAUGCCCCCAAUGCUUCCACCGAUGGGGGCGCCACCACCACUCACACAGAUACCAGGAAUGGUACCUCCCAUGAUGCCGGGAAUGCUGAUGCCAGCAGUGCCUGUCACUGCAGCGACGGCUCCGGGUGCGGACACCGCCAGCUCUGCUGUGCCUGGGACUGGCCCUCCGAGGGCCCUGUGGAGUGAGCAUGUGGCCCCCGAUGGGCGCAUCUACUACUACAAUGCUGACGACAAGCAGUCCGUGUGGGAGAAGCCCAGCGUGCUCAAGUCCAAGGCAGAGCUCCUGCUGUCCCAGUGUCCCUGGAAAGAGUACAAGUCGGACACAGGCAAACCUUACUACUAUAACAACCAGAGUAAGGAGUCCCGCUGGACCCGGCCCAAGGACCUGGAUGACCUGGAGGCUCUAGUCAAACAGGAGGCUGCAGGGAAACAGCCGCAGCAGCCGCAGAGCCUACAGCCCCAGCCUCCUCAGCCGCAGCCCGACCCCCCGCCUGUGCCUCCUGGCUCCACCUUGGUGCCCACAGGCCUCCUAGAACCUGAGCCAGGUGGGAGUGAAGAUUGCAAUGUGUCAGAGGCUGGCCAGCCCCUGGAGCAGGGCUUCCUGCAGCAGCCGGAGGAGGGCCCCAGCAGUUCUGCUGGACAGCAUCAGCCACCACAGCAGGAGGAAGAGGAAUCCAAGUCAGAACCAGAGAGGUCUGGCCUCAGUUGGAGCAACCGGGAGAAGGCAAAGCAGGCCUUCAAAGAGCUGCUGCGAGACAAGGCUGUCCCCUCCAACGCUUCGUGGGAACAGGCCAUGAAGAUGGUGGUCACUGACCCCCGUUACAGUGCCUUGCCCAAACUGAGCGAGAAAAAGCAGGCAUUCAAUGCCUACAAGGCGCAGCGGGAGAAGGAGGAGAAGGAAGAGGCUCGGCUAAGAGCCAAGGAGGCCAAGCAGACCCUGCAGCAUUUCCUGGAGCAGCACGAGCGCAUGACCUCCACCACCCGCUACCGGCGGGCAGAACAGACCUUCGGGGAGCUAGAGGUCUGGGCUGUGGUCCCCGAGAGGGAUCGAAAAGAGGUUUAUGACGAUGUCCUCUUCUUCCUGGCCAAGAAGGAGAAGGAACAGGCCAAGCAGCUCCGGCGCCGCAACAUCCAGGCCCUGAAGAGCAUCCUAGAUGGGAUGAGUAGCGUCAACUUCCAAACCACGUGGUCCCAGGCCCAGCAGUACCUCAUGGAUAACCCCAGCUUUGCUCAGGACCAUCAGCUGCAGAACAUGGACAAAGAAGAUGCGCUGAUCUGCUUUGAGGAGCACAUCCGAGCUUUGGAGAGGGAGGAGGAAGAGGAGCGGGAGCGGGCCCGGCUUCGGGAGCGGCGCCAGCAGCGCAAGAACCGAGAGGCCUUCCAGACCUUCCUGGAUGAGCUGCACGAGACAGGGCAGCUGCACUCUAUGUCCACCUGGAUGGAGCUGUACCCAGCAGUCAGCACUGAUGUCCGCUUUGCCAACAUGCUGGGCCAGCCGGGCUCCACCCCUCUGGACUUGUUCAAGUUCUACGUGGAGGAGUUGAAGGCACGAUUCCAUGAUGAGAAGAAGAUCAUUAAGGACAUCCUUAAGGACCGGGGCUUCUGCGUGGAAGUGAACACAGCCUUUGAGGACUUCGCCCACGUCAUAAGCUUUGACAAGAGGGCUGCUGCGCUGGAUGCAGGCAACAUCAAGCUGACUUUCAAUAGUCUGCUGGAAAAAGCAGAGGCACGGGAGAGAGAGCGGGAGAAGGAGGAGGCACGCAGGCUGCGGCGCAGGGAAGCUGCCUUUCGAAGCAUGCUGAGGCAGGCUGUGCCUGCUCUGGAGCUGGGCACUGCCUGGGAAGAGGUCCGUGAGCGCUUUGUGUGCGACUCAGCCUUUGAGCAGAUCACCCUGGAGUCGGAGAGGAUCCGGCUCUUCCGGGAGUUCCUGCAGGUACUGGAGACUGAAUGCCAGCACCUCCACACCAAAGGCCGAAAACACGGCAGAAAGAGCAAGAAGCACCAUCGCAAGCGUUCGCACUCGCCUUCAGGCUCCGAGUCAGAAGAGGAGGAGCUGCCCCCACCAUCUCUCCGGCCCCCCAGGCGGAGGCGGCGGAACCCCUCAGAGUCGGGCUCCGAGCCCUCUUCCUCACUUGAUUCUGUUGAAAGUGGGGGUGCUGCCCUUGGAGGACGGGGUUCCCCAUCCUCACGCCUUCUCCUUGGAUCAGAUCAUGGUCUUCGCAAAGCCAAGAAACCAAAAAAGAAAACCAAGAAGAGAAGACACAAGUCGGUGCGUAGCGAAGGAGCGUCCGUUCACGGCCCUGCUGUGUUAGGAGACGUCUUCGCCCGCCUCCCGGCCUGUCCUUCACGGGAACUGACGAGGCGGGCUCUGGGCUCUUACAGAACAGUCCCGAGAGCGAGACAGACCCUGAGGAGAAAGCUGGCAAGGAGAGUGAUGAGAAAGAACCAGAACAGGACAAGGACAGGGACCUCCGGCGGGCAGAGCUCCCUAACCGCUCCCCAGGCUUUGGAAUCAAGAAGGAGAAGACGGGCUGGGACACGUCGGAAAGUGAGCUGAGCGAGGGAGAGCUGGAAAGACGGCGGCGGACACUCCUGCAGCAACUAGAUGACCACCAGUGACCCAACGAGCCCCCCUGCCCCGUCAGUGUGAGGUUGUGGCCUAGGUCACCCUCACCGUCCACUCCAGACUUCUUCCUUAGUCGGGUCUGUGUCCAGUUUUCCUCAAGUAACCCCAACCCCAACACACCGCAGCCAGCACCUCCCCAGGUUGCUCGUGGUGUUCAAGGUCCCCCACUUCCCGGACAACUAGUGCAGUCCUUGCCCUCAGCCCCAGAUCAGAGAUUGGUGGUGGAUGCCGUGUGGGGAGGGUGGUGCCAGUAGAUAAAAUGUGAGGAGGGGCCUCUAGGAAGAGUGACAGGCCGGUGGACACAGCCUGGGUGGCAGAGGGCGGGGUCCCUACCCGCUAGCGUCAGUGCCUGCUCCUGCCUGCCCAGGCCCUUGGGCUUCCACCACUCCUUCCUCCAGCCCCAGGGCCUAGUGUAUGUGUGUUCUGUUUUGCUUUUGUUUUUUAAAUAACAGUAUUUAUAAAGUGACGAGUGGCUCUUUUGUCUGCACUGUGUGCUACUGGGACAGGCUGGGGACUGGACAGGUGCACACACAGCCAGCAGAGGGCACUACUGGCUCACGGCAGGCCUGCCUCCCUUUGUGUGGUUGGAGCCCACCUAGCCAAGUUCUCCCUCCCCAGGCUUCUGCUCACCUCCCCGAUGCAGAUGGCAGCUCUGCCCAGCCUCCUUUCUGUCCCUGGGCUCCUGUCCGGCUAAAUGGCCACCUUAGCCCCCCGCCACUCAGAAAGAGGAGACAGAGUCAGGCCUGGUGUUUCAAGCCUUUGUUGAGAGAAAGAAGGUCUGGGGUUUAUGUACAAGAGAGAAGGGAAAUGGUACAUGUACAAAAAGGAGUAGGCCCCUGUAUUUCCUUCUAGGGGCUGAGAAGAAGCUGGCAGGAGACUGAGAAAAUAGUCAGCUAAGACCACCAUGACCCUGCCCCCUGCCCCAAAAAACUAGCCAAGGCAAGGAGGCGAGGGUGCUGUUGGCACACCCCUUCUCUGUCUUGAGGUUGGGGCAGAGAAAACUACCUCAUGCCCACCUCGGCAAGGACAGGGUCAGCCUAGGAUGCAAAGGGCCAAGGGCAGGGAGCGUGGCCUCUCCUCUCCCCUUAUCACUAGGGCAUAGCCGUAUAGGCCUAGGCUUAGGAGAACCCUGCUCCUGGAAGAAGAUGGUCUGAGAUUAGCAGGGUCCCAGGGCUCCCUAAGCUUGGACACUUCUAGCUCACAGCUGACCACUGGGCUGC